CACAUGAACCACUGUCUACCUUUCUUCAGACAUCAAGAAAUCAUGGGGGUCAGUGGAUUAACAAAAUUAAUUAGGAAGGAGAAACUCAUGAAAGUAAACCAGAAACUCUUGGAAGAUGACCAUUUAACAAAAACAAAGAUUAUCAUUGAUGGCACAAGUCUGCUCUAUUCUUUGUAUUUUGACAAAUAUAAGGAUCUGGAUAAAAGCCAUGGUGGGGAUUAUUCUGGAUUCAAAGAUGUGCUCUGUCAAUUUUUUGACAUUCUGAAAGAAUGUGAAGUCGAGUGCCAUGUCAUUCUGGAUGGAUGUCCGGACCCAGACAAGCAAAAUGCUCUCAAGUCCCGCAGAGAAGCCAGUAAAACAGCAAAGGAUGCUAGCCCUUUGUCAAAAGGUAGCACCUUACCACCACUCUGCAAAGAUGUCUUCAUACAAUUCUUACAGGAAAAACACAUACAGUUUACACAGUGUUUUGAAGAGGCAGACAAAACAAUUGCUUAUUUCGCAAAUGAGGAGGCAUGUCCUGUUCUGUCAAGUGACUCAGAUUUUUUCAUCUUUGAUUUGCAUGCGGGUUUCCUGCCUUUAGACGACUUUCAGUGGAAAGAGGGUGAUGGAAGAAUCCCGGCCAAGCGCUACAGAAUUGCAAAGUUUUGUACGCAUUUUAGAUUAGACCCGGCUCUCAUGCCAGUCUUUGCUUCAAUAGCAGGAAAUGAUUACUCAAAAUUAGAAGAAAAUACUAAUACGUUUGUAACCCAAUACCCUGAAUCUAAGAUGGAGCUUUAUCCUAUUAAUCGACUAUGUGCUAUUCUCUUGUUUUUAAGGGAUUUAGUCAUUACACAAUUGAGUGACCCUGAGAAAAAAAAGAAGGCUCUAAAAGAAGCGUUAAUGUUUGUUGGUGAAACUGAGGAGGCAUCUUUCCUUCGUUCUAUUGAAAAAUACACCAUUCAACUUCCUGAACUUCCCGAACUGCCGGAUUGGGUCUGCACAAAGAUUCAGAGAGGACAACUCACCUCCUACGUCAGAAAUAUUGAGAUUUGUGAGAAAAACAGUUAUGAUGCUCCUCUUUGCCUUAGGCAGUACUUUCAUAGACUGUUAACAGGGAAUGAAAUGCCUGACAAACCUCUCUUGACAUGUUUUAACGAAGAUGAACAGGAGAAGCUGCAACUAAAAGAUCUGGACAAGGCCCAUGUAAACUUGCGUCUACGGGUAUUGAAGAAAGCUCUGGAUGGUGAAAGCUUGAACUUAGAAAACAUCCCUGAACACUUGCAGCUGCCCCUCUGUGUGACCAGUUACUGGUGGAGAUAUGACCAAAAACAGACCUCACCUGCAAAUAUCAACUGUCUUCACGCCCUUCUGCUGGGGUUCCUAUAUGAUCCCCAAAAUGCAGGUGCAUUUAACGACAUGGUGAAACCAAUCAAGGCUGACGGGAAAAGUAGCGAAGUGGAUAAAAGUAUGGCUCGUGGCUUCAGCCAAUGGCAGGUCUGCAUGAGGCAAAGCCUCCAUCUGAACCAGCUGCUGUGCUGCCCUCUGACUGAGCCUGCAUACCUACAUAGGCUUUACUGCGGACCACUUGUGCACCAGCUGGUGUAUACACCUGAGAAAAUCCAAGGGCUACGGGACUCACUGAGUGAAGAACAGAAAACAAUAUUUGAACGACAGAGAGCUUUGUGUGAAGAACAACCUGCCACCCCUCCAACAGAGCCGGCAGCAUCUGGUGAUUUGGAAUUGAAAAAUGUGUUGAGUCGUAAGAGACAAAAGAAAUGCAAGAAUACAAAAAAUGAUAAUGCCAAGCAAACAAAGACAACAUUGCAUAAACCAAAGGAUUUGCGAAAAUAAUUAGGUGUUUUUUGUGUGUGGUGUAAAGACCAGCAGAUCACUCCCUCAGAUGUUAGAAUAACUAUAUUGUGUGGCAGAAUAACACUUGGGAGCACUUGGUCUCGGCGCAGUAAUAUCCUCACUCCAAAGUGAAACUGAAAGUUCAAGAGUGAGGCUAUUGCUGCGCUGAGUCUAAGUGCUCUCAAGUGUUAUUCCGGCACACAACAUAGUUAUACCUCUUACCUGCUUAGAAAUGCACCACGUUUUAUUUUGUCUCACCAUACUUGGUCGUGUGACUUCUCGUGUUACUGUAUUUUAAUAGGGAAAACAUGGAGAUGUUUUUAAAUUCAUCUCUGUUUGGAUCCUAAUGAAUGAACUGGGCUAGCUAAGUGCUAUCAGAGUAGCCCUGCGCGCCAGAGCCAGUGAGUGCACGCAUUGAAACGUGAGAGGUAUGUACUGUAUCAACUCAUCUUAGUUAAAGGAAUAGUUCGGAAUUUUGGACAUAGGACCUCAUUUCCAACUUAGUCGGGGUGAUAUAGGUCGAUGGAGACCAUUUUCAGUGAUUUUCUGCCCUUCCUUAAGUUGCAGCGUCCAUCUUGUGCUAAUUUGGUGCCGAGAUAACGCAAGUCAACGGUAACAUCCAGCCUGCCACUGAAAACACUCCACAGAACACCUGAAACAAAUAAAUUAUAACGUCAGACUAUCGAUGCAUAUGUCUGUGUUGAUAGAACAAUGUUAGAAAUAAAACCUUGCAUCGCAUUGCAAUAGCCUACUUUGUUCCCUGUAUGGCAGUAGCGGAUUGAUAUUGAGAAACUAGUCCCUCAAAAUGUAAUAAAUCAUUGAGUUGCAAGGUUAAUUUUAUUUCUAAAAUUAUUAAACAUACUGAACAUACUAUUUGGAAGAACGAGCUAGUUUCUACUAGAGCAGGGACCUCCAUCUUCGAAAAACUCCUGAAGACAAUGCUUUUCAGAUCAUUUUUAACUAGCCUUUUAAUUCUACAGCUUAUCACAUGACUAGAACUGACUAAAACAGCACUCACUGAUGCACUUUUCUAAUUUUACUCUAACCUUUAAGUUGUUAUAGAAUUGUUGAGCAUUGUUUUUUAAAAGCUUUUAGAACUGUUCACCAUGUUUUAAGUUGCUUUGGCUAAAAAGUGCCAGUCAAAUGUAAUGGCACAUGUAAUAUAAUGUAAUAUUGUAGAAGGUGGUAGAAAGUGAAACCGUGGGAAAGUAUGAUUGUACCCAUAAGGUUUGCUAUAAUUGUGCAAAUGCAGCAAUGAUAGAUAAACUUAUAUGAAAAUAAUAUUUACUCAGAUUUUCAAAGUGUGAUUCUGCUUAAAUAAAAGCAUGUAACUUUACUUAGAAUAGAAGUAUGAUUUUGCAAUAGAUUAAAAAACUGUAUUUUUUACUUAAACUUUAAAGAAUAACUGUUUAGACUUAAAAUGUAUUUUUUCCUUGAAUUUGAUAGAAUGUUUAAUCAAAAGAUUUAAGUGUUUUAAUCCAGCUUAUAUAGUAUGUCAUGUUUAAUGAAAUGUGCUUAGAAUAAGUAUAGAGGAAAAAGCUUGUAGUUCAUGUGCAGGUCUGAGUUCAAAGCAAGGUCACCAGAAAGAGAAAAAAGAGAGACAAAGACACUUGGUCGUGUCGGAGCGCAAUAGGUCUAGACUUGGGCGUGAAAGUAGUAUAAAAGGUCUCCUUCGCUGGGGCUUAAGGGUUCUUCUCCUUUUUCUUUUGGACUCUGAACUUUGCAUUUUGAGACAAAUAGAAUUUUUUUAUUGUAUUUUAUUUUUAAUAAAGUCAAAGCCCUAACCUUUUGUUAGGGCAUUGUUUAAAAGCC